AUGCGCCACUUCGACGCCUGGGUCAUUCGUGAUCCCUACUCCAUCUUCCACUACUACACAACCGGUCAACGCUGGAAAGACACCGUCCGCGAUCUAAUUCACGAUCGCAAGAUCUGUGCUCCAUCUCUCAACUCCAAUCCUCAAUUACCAUCUCCACCAUCAACUUCAUCUUCGUCUACUUCGACUUCUACUCCCACAUUCAUCCAACAAACCAAAAGCCCUCUCUUCACACGCCUCCCGCCCGAAAUCCGCGCUAUAAUCUGGUCCUACGUCUUCGGCAAUGAUACACUGCACCUCGUCACCGUCAAGAAUAAAGUCCGCCACGUCCGGUGUUCUUCUUCUGGAUCAUCCUCAUCAUCUACGAAAGCACUAACCCACCACCGACACUGUUGUCCAACAACACUCGCCCGUUGGCGGAAUUCCUCCUCUCCUAAUAAUACCACCACCAUCAACUCCAACGAUAAUAAUCUCCUCUACCCACACACAAACCCUCACCUCCCAUCAACCCUAUCCUCCUCAUCCCCAUCGCUCCUCCUUACCUGCCGCGCAAUCUACACCGAAACAUCCACCCUCAUCUACAAAAACUCAACCUUCGACAUAGACGACCUCUACACAUUCAUCGCAUUCACGCAAUCCCUCCCAUUGCACGCCCUCUCUCACAUCCACCGGCUAACAAUCCAAUGGAGCCCCAUAUGGACCCCCCUCUCAGGCCAAGACCACAAAAACUCCAUCUACGCACAUACCCACAGCGACGCCCUCUGGCUCCAAUUCUGGGCGCGCGUAGCAUCCCUACCCUCGCUUAGAGAAAUUAAGCUCAGUAUUGAUCUGGGCUCGUUUACGGGUACUGUUACCCCCUCGGGUGGGGUUGUGCUGGGCGGGAGUGGAGUGAGAUUGCCGCUUGGUGUGGGCGAGUUGUGGACUGUGCCUUUGCUGGGGGUUAGGGGGCUGGAGACGUUUGAGAUGGCUGUUACGGCGAGGUGUGAUGUUGUUGCGAGGGGGGUUUUGGAGGAGAGUGUUUGCGGGGGGGCGGGGAGGUUGAGGGAUUGGUUGAGGGGGGUUAUGUGUUCCGCCAGAGAUGUUGGGUUGAGUGACAUAUUAGGUGAAAGGGAGGGAGAUGGGUUUGGGUUGGACAGGGGGAGGUUGAGGGUUUUGGAGGAGUGGAUGAGGAGGGAGGAGGAGGAGAAGGAGAAGGAUGUUAUUGGGAAGAGAAGUGGGCAGAGGUUGGCCAUCAUGGCGGCUUGA